CUUGACUUCUUGACUUCUUGACUUCUUGACUUCUUGACAUCUCAAUCUCCAGCAAGUCAAACACAGAGGCAGACGACGAUCCUGACUUCCUUCUCAAACUCGCACAUCUCAGCAGUAUUCACAACUUCUCUUUGUGAUUACUUUUUCAAUCUUUCCCAACCAUCAAGAUGUUUGCGACCAAGGUUCUCCGUCAAGCCUCUGCUGCUGCUGCUCACGCUGAGCGUACUCCAUUGAUCAGAUUCAUGGGCAAGAGAUCAAUUCCCUCUUCGGUUGAUCACUCUGCACGACCACAUCCAGCUUCCCCAACCCACGAACUUCCUGCAGGAUUCGUUGAGGCUCAAAAGUCUUCCUCCUCUUCCUUCUCCUCCUACAGACAAAAUGCUCAACAACAUGGUCCACUUGGUCGCAGUGCCAGAAGUGACGGUACAAUCGGUUCCCUCUCUGGUAGAGCUUUGGGCUCCGUUGCUCCAGCCAAGGGAGAAUUCUUUGAUCGCAGUGAACUCCCUGCACGUUUCCGACGUACUCCAAUUGAUCUUGCCGAGAUUGAUGCCAUUGAGACUGGCGGUGCUACAGUUGUUUGCUAGAUUUGAAGAUUAAGAAAAGAAAGAAGAAAACUAUUUGUACAUUUAUGGCUGGCUACGGAAAAGUGAUGGAUCGAGGGAGGAUAUACCCACGAAAACGAUGGAUUUCAUGAAGAUUCUGUGAUAAGAUGGACGAAUAUCAAUAAGUUAUCUUUCAGGACAGAGUGGAAUACGCUCUACGUCUCUGUUUGAAAGUUUGGGAUGCACAAAAGGAUUGUAGCUCGGAUCAGUGGCAUGGAAAAGUUGCUUUUAUGGGAGUCGGAGCAUGUAUCAUCUUCCCUGUUGGAAUAAUUCUGAUCUUGAUCUUUACUCUGGAGUAUGGGUUUCUGGGAAGUUCUUUUUAUGGGUGGCUAUCUGCAUCGUUAUGAGAUGAGUUGAAGACAGCAAGAAUAUAACAAAUAUCAAACCAAAC